GGAACAACAGCUUCUUCCAAGCUGAGCUCUGUCAGAAGCACUGGCAGGACCUGCCCCCCAGCAAGUGCCACAGCACCACCCAGGACUCCCAGAAGGAGACCAGCAGUAUGUGGGCUCUCAUGGUGGUCGGCCAGCUGCUGGCAGGCGUUGGGACGGUGCCCAUUCAGCCGUUUGGAAUCUCCUAUGUGGACGACUUCUCUGAGCCCAGCAACUCACCCCUGUACAUCUCCAUCUUAUUUGCCAUCUCUGUAUUCGGACCGGCCUUCGGGUACCUGCUGGGCUCCGUCAUGCUGCAGAUCUUCGUGGACUAUGGCAGAGUGGACACAGCUGCCGUUAACCUGAGCCCUGGAGACCCCCGGUGGAUUGGAGCCUGGUGGCUGGGCCUGCUCAUCUCCUCAGCGUCCUUGGUUCUCACCUCUUUCCCCUUUUUUUUCUUUCCUCGAACAAUGCUCAGGGAAGCGGAGAGGUCUCCAGCCAUAGUGGAUGAGGCAAGGAAGAUGGACGAGGUCAAGCCAAGAAGCUCCCUGGUGGAUUUCAUUAAACGCUUUCCCCGCAUCUUCCUGAGGCUGCUGAUGAACCCACUCUUCAUGCUGGUGGUCCUGGCCCAGUGCACCUUCUCCUCUGUCAUUGCUGGCCUCUCCACAUUCCUCAACAAGUUCCUGGAGAAGCAGUAUGGUGCCUCCGCAGCCUAUGCCAACUUCCUCAUUGGUGCUGUGAACCUUCCUGCCGCAGCAUUGGGGAUGCUGUUUGGAGGAAUCCUCAUGAAGCGUUUUGUUUUCUCUCUGCAAACCAUUCCCCGCGUGGCUGCCACCAUCAUCACCAUCUCCAUGGUCCUUUGCGCCCCUCUCUUCUUCAUGGGAUGCUCCACCCCCACUGUAGCGGAGGUCUAUCCCACCAGGUAAUGGGAAUGAGAGGUGAGAAGAUCCCCUUUGCUGAGGUCAGAGCCUGCAUCGGGCUGCCAUACG